UCGUCGUCGUCGCCGCGCAUCCCGUCCGAGGACAUCAUCUCGCAGAAGACCGACCUCUGCAUCAGCAACGCCAUCGUCAAGACGGGCGCGGGCUUCGGUGUCGGCGUGGUGCUCUCGGUGCUGCUCUUCAAGCGCCGCGCAUUCCCCGUCUGGCUCGGCACCGGCUUCGGCCUGGGCUCGGGCUACACGGACUGCGAGCGCAGCUUCGCGCCCGUCGCCGUGCCGGGCGUGCGCAUCGUGCCCUCGUCGUCGCCCGAGAAGGGCAAGGCGCCGGCGACGACGCUCGAGCGUCUCUCGCAGAAGGCCGGCGAGGGCUUCGGCGCACUCAAGGAGAAGGCCAAGGACGCGUCGAGCGAGGGCGUGUCCAAGGCCAAGGAGCUCAAGGAGGAGGUGGCCAGCAAGGUGCGGCAGUUUCUUCCGCGGCCAUUGCUGCUCGAGUCGGCAUCGCCGCCGCCGCACGCAUCUGCCGCGGGCACGCUGCCGGGCGCCGACUGUCUCUCGUGCCGUCUGACGGGCGCGGCCACGCUCUCGGCGCUGGGCCUCUACUCGCUCAAAGAGGCGCACGCGCUCGGCACCUUUGCACGCACGCGCACACGCAGCCCACUGCGCGCCUACUCGCUCGUGACGUUUGCACUGGCAUGCUUCGGCGGCGCGUACGUGCGCAUG